UAGCCAAGUUCGAAAGUUUGAUGCAGCCUGCUGGCGGACCCUCUGGUAUAUAACAGCGCGCUCAACCAGAUGGUGCGCUCUGAUUGGCCGGCGGACGUGGAGUGGGGAUAAUAGCGUCGAGGGUAUAUAGGUGGGACGUGCCGCGCUCACUCACAGUAAACCUCGUACUUUCGUCUAGUGUCGUACCUCUCUGAACUAUUCCAAUAUGACUGGUCGCGGUAAGGGAGGAAAGGGUUUGGGAAAAGGAGGAGCCAAGCGGCACAGGAAGGUGCUUCGUGACAAUAUCCAAGGAAUCACCAAGCCUGCUAUUCGGCGUCUGGCUCGUCGUGGUGGAGUCAAAAGAAUCUCCGGUCUUAUCUACGAAGAGACUCGUGGCGUUCUCAAAGUGUUUCUUGAGAAUGUAAUCCGUGAUGCAGUCACUUACACCGAGCACGCCAAGAGGAAAACUGUAACAGCUAUGGACGUAGUCUACGCUCUCAAACGUCAGGGUCGUACUCUGUACGGUUUCGGCGGUUAAAUUUAUCCUGGUCCUCGCUUCAAUUCUCAAAACGGCCCUUUUCAGGGCCAAAAAUAGUUUUCUAAUGCAAAUCGAAUAUCACAUCACCAUGUUUAACACAUACACAUUAUCUUGAUUACCAUAUCCUGCUCAGACAUGAAUAUUUAUGUUUCAUUCGAUGUAGUCGUAUUUAACAUUUAUACCAAGCAAUACCGUAUUGGAUAGCAU